GUCAUUCAGUUCGUCCAUCGCGCGGCAGCAAAGGUUUUUCCCUUGUUGGUGGUUCGCACAGCCAGACAGACAGAAGAGAAAUAUUCGCCCGGGCGCAUAGUGUGAACCAGACCCACUCACUCGAUUCGAGAGUUUCGAUUGAUUUUUUUCGUAUUUUUAAUUUCUUCAAGAUUUAAUCAUAAGCGUGGCUAGCCAGGGAAUAAAAAGGAAAAUGAGUAGCUCCGAGGAGGUUUCUUGGAUUUCUUGGUUCUGCGGACUUCGUGGCAAUGAGUUCUUCUGUGAGGUGGACGAGGACUACAUCCAGGACAAAUUCAACCUGACCGGACUGAACGAACAGGUGCCCAACUACCGGCAAGCCCUGGACAUGAUACUGGACCUGGAGCCAGAGGAUGAAAUAGACGACAACCCGAACCAGUCCGACCUUAUCGAGCAGGCUGCGGAGAUGCUGUACGGCUUGAUCCACGCCCGGUACAUCCUGACGAACCGUGGCAUCGCCCAGAUGAUUGAAAAGUACCAGAGCGGCGAUUUUGGCCAUUGCCCGCGGGUGUACUGCGAGAGCCAACCCAUGCUUCCAUUAGGUUUAUCCGACGUGCCCGGCGAGGCGAUGGUGAAAAACUACUGUCCGAAGUGCAUCGACGUGUACACGCCAAAGUCGUCCCGGCACCACCACACGGACGGGGCCUACUUCGGCACCGGCUUUCCCCAUAUGCUGUUCAUGGUACACCCCGAGUAUCGCCCGAAACGUCCCGCCAACCAGUUUGUGCCGCGCUUGUACGGCUUCAAGAUUCACUCGUUAGCCUAUCAAAUUCAACUCCAGGCAGCCGCCAAUUUCAAGGCACCAUUACGAGGGUGAAGUGCUCGGCGAAGGUCAUCGAUAACUGAAGCAACGGCGGAAACCGUGGCGGCGGCGGCGGAGGAGGCGUUGUCGGUAGGGCCGGAACCGCCCAAGUCGACGAGAAAGUAGUUUGACCGACCGCUGCUGCUGCGGUGCGCGCUGGGGCCACAACAAUCCGAUGGCGGGCGGAGACAUCAAACAAUAAUCUUAGAAGAAGAACAACAACAGAAGUGGGGGGAAUUGUGAAAGCAAAAAAAAAAAGAGUUUUUUCGGGAAAGGUCACGGCAGCAGCGGAAGUUGUAAGAAAAAGAAAAAAAAAACGGGUCAGCAAAACAUCCAAACUCGUGUCUCGGUAGGUCGUCGUCGCGCGCUGCUGCUGGCCGUGAAAGUGGGGUAACGAGGGACAAGUCUCGCGCUAGGGGGAAGAAAUAAAAUUUCUAGAUUAAGCGAUAACAAGCAGAUUUAAGAACAUAAAACACACACACACACUACUAGCAGAAUCGAAGUGAACAAUUGUGCAUCCUCCAAAACCACCAAACACACAAGAGAGCAAAACAGAAGCGAUUGUAAGGUGAAACAAUAUUAGCAUCGUAUUACAAUUUAGGAGAAAAAAAAAACCACACACAUCUUUAUAGGCAAGGAAAACAUCAUUCGGUAACACCUAAAAAAACAGCAAACACAAAAAUAGUAUCAUUUUUUGUCAAAACCAGAUUUGUGAAACUAAGCAGCGAAGCCAGAGCACUCGAAAUUGCAAAUUUUUCGAGCAAACCAAUACUGCAAGUUCGUGUUGAACUUUACACUGUGUAAUUGGGAAAAACAAACAAACAGAAAAAGAAAAUCAUAAACAAAAUUGUAAUAAAAAUUUAACUCUAAGCAGAUAUCCAAGAAGGGAGAUCGAGUUUGUGGGCAAAACAAAACAAAGUAACCUUUGCGUAAGAGAAGAAAACUAGGAAAAAUAUACACACCAGGGUUGAAGUCGCGCCGGGGAGCAUCCAAUUCAUUCGCAUUUCAGUCCAUUCCGUCGGACAAAAACACCUCAUUUCCCGUCAUUUUUAGGUAGACGACUGUGUAAUGUUAUCAAAACUCAUUUUUUUAAAGUAACCAGAAAGACACACCCGGCAGGCAAACUUCUCAUCAGCGUGCAGGAAUAUCUCUUUCGAACCCCCUUUAGAGGAAACAGCAAAAGUCAAGAAACCCCGUUUUGUAUAUUUUUCUUCCCCCAAAAUACGAGCAAACACAAAAAAAAUCGGCGUGUGGAAGAACACAAAACUAAACCUAAACACAACUCCUAUGGAAAACAAACAAAACAUAAAAUCGAUGAAGCAAAGCAAAACCAACAUUUUACACUGGAAAAACAGACACUUUUUUAAGUACCCUUUUAAAGUGCAGACAGACCUCUUCCGUUUUUGGUAUAAGUUUCAACAUUGGUUCGUUCCCGCGCAUUAAAAGUUUUCUCGGUUGAUCAAUUCCAUUACAAAAAAGCUGUAAUAUACACAAACAUCCACACACACACACUCCCUCACAACAGACACACUUAGCUAACAAACAAAAAUUGGUAUAUUAAAAUAAAAACAAAACAAAAAAAA